AGCAGACCCAAAAUCCUUCCCUGCAUACCACCAAAUUCGCCCUCCAAACAACAAAAAAAAAAGAGAGCAGACCAGGACAUGCCAUCCAAGACAGUUCCCAAGUCAACUGACUCGGCGGCUCGGGGUAGAGGCAGCAGCAGCUUUGUCAACGAUUACCUCGCCGACUGGGACCAAGAUGAUCCGUUCAGGUCACCCAGCCCGGAGCCUGCCAAGAACGACAACAACGACGGUAGCAAGAAGAAGGAUGUGCUGGGAAUCGAGAAAGAGCUCGACUUGAAGAGGAAGCCCAGAGCCCCAAGGGUGAAGCUCGACGAGACCCGGCUGCUUUCAGAUAAGGGCAUCCCGAAACUGCGAAAGACGGCACAGAGGCUCAAGUUCAAGGGCAAAGGUCACGAGUACAACGACGCUGCCCGGCUGCUCUCCUUCUACCAGGAAUGGCUCGACGACCUCUUCCCAAAAGCUACUUUUCUAGACGCCCUCGCCAUGGUGGAGAAGGCAGGCCACAAGACAACCAUGCGCAACGCUAGGCUCCAAUGGAUCGACGAGACCAAGCCUAAGCCCGCAAUGGCAGAGGAUGAGGAGGAGUACCGAAUCCGCCAGGGAUCGUCUGCAUCGCGGCAGUCGGACAAAAUCGCACCGAUCUUUGAGAACACUACGAAGGCGACGCAGGGCCGGGCAAGGACGCCUGCCGCGGACGACUUGUUUGAGGACGAUGAUAUCUACAAUGCCACGCCACUGCGAAACACCGGCGGCACUGCGCCCUCAAGGCAGUUGGGGAACGAUGGCGUUCCGGACGACGAUGACCUUGAUGCCCUGAUGGCCGAAGCUGAGGCAGACUCGGGGAACAGGACACGACCCGCUGCUACUGCCCCGGCCUUCGAAAGCAUCUUUGGAAACGGAGCGAGGACUGCAGCCCCAAUUUCAGCCGGGGAACCCGAUGAUGACGAUUUGGAUGCGCUGAUGGCCGAGGCCGAGGCCGAGACGCGUUCUGACCUAACACGGCCUGGUCAGCCAGCGACGGGCGGCAGCAUAUUCGAAGAUGGCAAGUCAAAAAAACAGGCGACCCAACAGGGGGGCAACGAUGGAGAUGACUUGGACGCGCUCAUGGCCGAGGCAGAAGCGGAUAUUCCGGUCUUUGCUCAAUCAAGCAGGACAGGGGAAAAGGUUAGCAACAGCGAUAUUCAACCUGCAGAUGGCAGCCCUGCUAUGGACGACGGCGAGGACGAUCUCGAUGCGUUUAUGGCGGAGGCCGAGGCGGGGCUCAUUACCACAACACGCCCUUUGAACGGCGCCAAUGCCGCUUCGUCAGUGCAUGCCGAUACUGGGGGACCGAUGGCGAGCUUUGAGGACGACGAGGAGGCGAUGGCCGAGAUGGAUGGACUGUGGUAAAGCUGGCGUAUGAUACUCAAGAGAUGUAUGUGUCUGUACCGCAGGGAACCGCGACCGCAUCAAUUACGACCCACAUGCCUAAUGGUUGACAACCGUGAAGCCAGGACUUCAGCCUGCUUAUGGCAGUGGAUAUCGAACCGCAUGGCGUUUUAAUCAUAUCAAUAGAGGAAUACUGAUGUCCCUGAAAAGAACACUAAAC